AUGAACAACCAGGCGGGGACCCCAGCCCCGUCCCCAGCCCGGCCUUCAGCCCGGGUCCGGGCUUCCACCCUCACCCCGCUCCCGACCCGAACCCCGACUCUCGUCCGGACUUCGAUCCCAGCACGGAUGUCGACCCCUGUCCAGACCCGGACCCCGACUCUGGUCCGAACCCCGGCCCCGACCCGACCCGUGAUCCCCGUCCGAACCUCCACGCAGGCCCGGGCCCCGAACCUAGUUCGGACCCAGGCUCCGGUCCGGACUCUGAACCCGCCUCCUGUCCGGUUCCCGGCCCCAGCCCCAGCCCCAGCCCCAGCCUGGGUCCCCACCCCGAGUCCGGUGCGGUUCCCGGCUCCAGCUCCAGCUCCAGCUCCAGCUCCAGCUCCAGCUCCAGAUCCAGAUCCAGCACCAGCUCCAGCACCAGCCUGGGUCCCGACCCCGAGACCGGUCCAGUUCCCAGCCCCGGCUCCAGCUCCAGCCCCAGCCCCAACCUGGGUCUCCACCCGGACUCCCGUCCGGUUCCCAGCCCCAGGCCCGGUCCCGGCGCCCUCCAGGGUCCAGGCCCCGAUGCCCGCCGCGGUUCCUGCUGAGGAAUCCCCUGCGCCCCCAGCCCUGCCUUUGGAUCCGCCCGCAGAACUUGCUCGGGAGGCAGCCCCGUCUUCUGCCGAGGCUCCUGCGCCCGCGCCCGGACCAAAGCACCUCCCGUCGCUCGCUACGCUUGCGGGGCCCGCCCAGGAGCCCUUUCCCGCGCCCACUGCUCUGGCCCCUAACGUGCUGGGACCCACCUUGGGGUCCGCCACGAAGGUGGGUCUACCGGCCACCGGGCCGACGGAUCCCCCCGCUUCUGGACCCGUCCUGCGGACCGGCCCGCUGUCCAUCUCCAUUUCCACCAACACAUUGGCCUCCACCAGCGAGAACCUCCAGACGGGGAACAAGAUCCUGAUUCGCGUGACCUACUGUGGCCUCUGAAGCUACAGUCUUCAGUACAUCCUACUGAAGAAGAGUCUGGAGCUGCAGUUUCCGAAUCUUCUGUACUUUGAGGAGGAGAGAGCCACCCAGGCCACAGGGGAGUUUGAAGUGUUUGUGGAAGGGACACUGGUCCAUUCCAAGAAGAAAGGUGAUGGCUUUGUAGAUGCGACCAGGCUGCAGAAAAUUGUUAGUGUUAUUGAUGAAGAGAUCAAGAAAAGGUAGCAGGCAAUGGUGGAGCUGGAAGUGAGUGAGAUCCUGCAGAGGGACUGGAGGGCUGGCUUGGGGUGGCAGGUGAGCAGGGCAGGGCACCAUCCAUCUAGGUUCUAGCACUGUCUGACUCAGCUGGUCCUCACUGUCAUAGUCACAAGUUAUCUAGACCCUUCUCUGAGCCUCAGUUUCCUCAUCUGUAAAAUGGGAUGACUCCUAUCAGGUAGUAAAUAGUACUUGGUCCCAAGUAGGGCUCAGUGUAUGUUGAUUAUACAUUUUCCCCCAAAAAACAGGCUAUUUUUUGUUACCUUUAUUUGUAAAGCUGUGCAUAGGAGAAUAGUUGGCAUUUUAUUUUAGUUUUUCCCAUUUUUUAUUGGUGCAUUAUAGUUGUACAUAAUGGUGGGAUUCAUUGUUAUAUAUUCAUACAUGUAUGCAAUGUAACAAUAUAAUUUGGUCAAUAUAAUUCCCUAGUAGUUCCUGUCUCCAUGCCCUUUUCUCUCUCCCUGGUCCCUUUCCGCUACUGAUCUCCAUAGAAGGCAU